AUGAGUUGUGGUGAAAAUGAUGACAUAGGUGUUCAAAAAGGACUAAAGAAGCUAGCAAUCAAUGACCAUGACUCUGCCUCACCAGAAACUAAUUCAAAGGAUAAUGAUGCUCAGAAGAAAGUGACUCGUGGUGGCAAAGUGAAGCAGACUGCCCAAAGAAAAUUAGUUACUCCAACUCCUGAAUCAUCUGCUGAACAAAUGGAAGGGCAGAUCUCUGAAGGGAACAUUGCUGGUGGAAAUGAGGAACCAGAGCAGGCUACCCAAGGUGAUGAAACUGUCACAAGGAAGUCUCCAAGGACAAGGAUUAAGACUCAAAAUGUUGGUGCAUCUGCCACUCAAACCUCUAAAGGGACACGUUCUGGGAAGAAUCCAGUAUCUCAGCCUGCACCUGAACCCGUUCCUCUACCAAAGAAUCUUCUUGUGCCCCCUAUACCUAAGACAAAUGAGACUGCUCAUCAGAAAGAACCAAGAUCUGAGCCCACAAGGCCAACUACUGGUAAUGAGACCACACCAGCUUCCAGUUCUCAGCCCAAGGAUAAAGGCAAGGCUCCAGUAACUGAGGAAGCAUUUGAAGAUGAUGAUGAAGAAACUGAGGAAGAAGAGGACCCUGAACAGUACCGUCUGACCAGGAGGAGGCCUGGAUCAUCUAAGAUUACCAUCUAG